AUGUCCGAAUCUAUCGCUAUCCCCAAACCAAAGGGAGCUCGCCUCGGCGCGGCCGGCCAGGGCGUGAGCGCUUCUUCGUCGUCGUCAUCGGCCUCAUCUCCAUCAAAUUUCGCUGCACAUCUACAGGGCUCGCCGACCUUUUCUCCAUCAUCCACCGCGUCAAGCUCGCCACUUACCAGACCAUAUCACGAUCGGAGACCGUCUUUACUGAGUUCGUCCAUUUCCAAGUCGGAGCAUACUGUUAUUGAUGUUGGACAUCCGGGUGGUCCUCCUCGGCUGAUAACCUGCGUUAAGGCGUCGCAAGGAUUCGACUGGAAUCAGGACAUCUUUCUGCCUGCCUACGCAGACUAUGAAUCUUCGGCGUCGCUCGAGCAUAGACGCGAUCCCGUCCACGAUAUUGUCCUGACCGAUGCCGAGAUGCAGUCAAUUUUGCCACAAUAA